AUGUCACCGUGCAAACCUGGUUCCCCCAAAGUCAACAUGGAGGGUGUUGAAGAUAAACAUUCUGCCUUUGUUAAUAAUUCCAAAAAUCUUAUAGAGUCAACAAAAGAAAAAUUAAACCAAAUGCAAGGGAUAUCGCACGAACUGCGUAAUAUAACCAGUCAAAUAACAGAUGACCAAAAUGAAUCGAACCGGGGAUAUAUAGCAACGGAAAAAGAAGAAAAGAAACAAGGAAAAUCUAACACACAGAUAAAAGUGGUUGUCCCAAUUUGUACUGACGUAACAGAAACCUCACACAAAUCUCAUCCCAAACGAAAGCAUCACAAAAAAUCAACACCACGUGGGAAAAAGGCGGCAGACGACAGUUUAUCAGCAUUGACGAAAAAAUAUGGCAGACACAAAACCGGAAAGACAGCUGUACUUGAUCCUAUAAAGUAUUUACAGGAGCUGGAAGAACAAGAGAAGGAAAGUAAAAAUCAAAAGACCCCGGUCAGGAAAAAGUCUCUACCCCCACCACCUCAAGAUCGAGAAGUUGAAAAUAGCUGUAAAGAAGUGACGGUUCCAAAGAACAAAACACGACACGAGCACAAAGAAUCUACCAGCAUGUCACUGCCUAAAAUUGGUCAUAUCAGGUCAAAUGAUAAUGAAAUGUGCAGUUUGAACCUUCCAGGACGUAAAAUAGCAUGUGAAAACUGUAAAGCGAAAGCAAUGAAAGAUUUGGAUUUUACAAAUCAUAUAAGAGAUAGUAUUUCAUCUGUCUCUCGAGACCAAGUACAUACGUCUAGAACUGUUCACAGACACUGUUGUGCAAAAUCUUCAAAACCAGCAAUAUAUUAUCAUUGCUCAAAUGAAUCGACUGGAAAGACUCUUCCAGCAUAUAUAGCUCAAACAUUUCUUCACAAUAGGAGAAUUCUGACUUGUAAUGCCCGUACUAUGAAGUCUGACCAAACCUAUCAAAAACCAAUCUCAAACUUGGGUUUCCAUCCAGAACGAUAUUCUUGUCCGAAAUCAGCGGCAUGUUGUUGUAUAAAUGACUACAAACAAAAGGAAUCGGAAUGCUUUUCUCAUCGGGAAAUCCUUCGACCAAACAAAGUAACCCUUCAGUCCCCUGGACUCCCAGCACUUAUGGCGGGUGACUACCUUCCCCUGGAAGAAAUUUCCAUUGGAUUUCGUUUUCGCAUUGGGAAUAAGGAAAUGUAUCGGAUUCCUAUUGCAUUUGAACCAGCAGAGACUGGCAGGGUACAUCACUAUGAAAGCCCUAAAAGAAUAGUACCAAGAGCUAAGACAUUUUACGGUCAUUACAAAGCGUAA